AUGCUGUCUGCAGAAAAUGGUUUUGCAGAACGAGUUCUUCUUUUCUACCAGAGAAAAGAAGAGAAAGACUUGGAGGUGAUGGCUCAACAUAGUGGAGCAUUGGAAGAUUUUCCAAUCCAGUCUUUAGAUGGAGUGCUGGAGCAAAUCUAUGCUGAACAUAACAACAAUCCCCCAGUAAAGUACACCCUUACUGCCACUGCACGGGAGGCAUUUUUUAAGUUUGCCAAGCCACAAGAUCAUUUGCCUAACUCUCAAGGAGCCGCCACUGAUGUCGAAGCCAAUGUCAACAACUCCAAGCGAAAUAAGCAUGUACUGCGCCUGGCGCUCAGCAUGCAUGUUCUGUAUGACCGUCUUAAAAAAGCAUUGGAACUUCAGACAGGCCCAACAAGCCAUAUUAUUGGCCUGGAGACUCUAAAUAUGGCAAUUGUUAUGGUCCAGAGCCUUGAAAUUUACAAGGGAAUGUCACGCAUGGUAAGUGAUACUGUAUACAUGUUGUUGGUUGUGAGUGGUUUCCAUUCAUAGGGGUGUUAUGUGAGACUCUUUGUAGGUACAAAGCUCAAAUUUUUGCAGGGACGAAAACUUAUUUAUCGCACAUUAUGUUCUGGGGGUGAAAUCAGAGUUUUUGAUUAUUGCCAUGGCAACAUGGAUGAUUUAAAACAACACUAGAAUUUGCAUUUACUAGGUUUACACAAAAUCCAGUCAUUAUGUUUCCCCUUGACAAUGAUUUGCAGGCACGUUGCAAUAUUUGUAUCAUUGAAAUGCCUGUCUUUUAAAAUUAACUUCCAUGACCAAAAAUUAUUGUAGCAAACAUUUUUUUAAAAUAAUAAAGAAAAUAGCUUGCAAGUGAAUAUUGAUUGUCGCAAAAACUCCUUGUUUGCUCCUUACCACUGAGAGGAGAGGGAGGGGUGGGGGGGAGUGAGAUAUAAAUUGCGGACAUAAAAAGUGGUAAAGGGGGUUAGCAAGGUGGAUGAUAUUUGAAAGACAUUCCAAGUGAUUUUGCACCCCCCCCAAGCCUCCAAUAAUCCAUGUACAAAAAAAGACCAAACCCAUCAUGAAUUCCUUUUACAAACAAUAAUUGAAUUAUGUUGCCCUUCUUGGCAGACAAAUCAAGAUGUACAUCUAAGCUCUACAGUAAUUCUGUAAUGCAGUCAUUUAAUCCUACUUAAACUUUAAUGUAUUUCAUUUCUUUAAUUCAUUAUAGGUCUGCAACAUAAAUCCUUCGAAGGCAGUAAAAGUAGGUGUUGCCAGUGAAGAAGUUACUCUCAGACUGCUCAUGAUGAAAGGGCCAUACACAACUGCACGCCGUGUUUACACAAGUUUUUCAUCCCAUUGUCGGCCAAAUGUCAGUUCGGUCCAAAAAUCAAUGCAGCAACUACAAGAUGCUGGUUUAGGUGUGUUCAGAGUUGAAAACAAGCUGAAGAUUUUUUACAAGGCUUUACCAAGUGAUGAUCUUCAACCUAAACUGGCUAAGUACAAUGUGUCAUUGGAAGAGUACAAGGAGACUUUUCUUAAAGAAGACAACAAGCUUACCACCAGUAACAUCGAAACCAUUUCAGAGGAUCACCCAUUUCUUGAACAACUUAAUGCCUUACUUGAAAAAGAACAGUUGCCGCGGGUAUUAUAG